UUCUAAAAAGGAAAUAUAAAGAAUAUUUUCGGACGGGCUAAAAAAGAGAGUGAGAAGAAUAUUUUCGGACAAAUGAAGACCUGUUCUGGUAUUGUUGGAAUAUUCUUCAACUGGGUUCCACAAAAUCUGGGGACUUGAAGAAUCUUGAAUUCCUUGUAAUAUGGUCAUAAACUCGAACUGAUCAGUUAUGAAGGAGAAGAAGAGUGGAAAGAGUGAUUUCAGCUGUGUGAGAAAGGUAAAGAUAAUCUGCGAAGAUCCAGAUGCAACAGAAUCUGACACAGAUGAAGAUUUUUCCUGCCCUCAUGGAACAACAAGAAGAAGAAGCUCUCGUCGAAUUGUCAAGGAGGUGAUCAUUCCUUUCCAAGAAAAACCAAAAAUCAAAGACAAUGGAAUAUUGGGUAGUCGAAAAGAACCGAUUUUGCAUCUGCCCAAAGGAGUUAGAAGAAGGGCAUGGGGGAAAUACGCGGCGGAGAUCAGAGACCCAAUAACAAAGAAGAGAGAAUGGCUGGGCACUUUUGUCAAUGCCGAAGACGCAGGCCGUGCUUAUGCCACCAGAAAGGCAGAAAUCGAAAGAAUCAUUAAAAAUAAUAAUACUCCUAAUAAUAAUCUUGCUUCAGAAAAGAGACAGAAUUGUUCAAGUUCCUCAUCAGAAAGCACUGCCAAUGUGGUGUCCUCUUUGAUGGAUCAAGAACUCAUCUUCUUUGGCUUGGAGGAAAGUGCCAGAGAUGGCAAUGACUUGAAAAGUUUGGGCUUUGAUGAUCAUAACAUUAAUCUCUGCGAUUCGCCUGCAAAGCUAUGGGAUUUCAGCGAUUGUUUCGCACUCUUCGAUCCUGAAGAGAUUUUUCAGUGCAGUGAUGAUGGUUCAGAAGAGAUGAUGGUGAUGGAUUGUUUAUGGCACGAAGAUCGAACCCCGGAACUCAGUGCAGAAGAGCUUCAAUGGCUGGAUGAGACUUUUUCAUCGAUUGCUCCUUGGAAAUUGGAAUCACACACAAAGAAAUACAGAAACCCCGACAUGCCCGGCGCACUGCAAACAUCUCCGGCCAGCAAUAGUAACAUUGGGCAUCUACUGCGCGCAAAAACCCCAUUCUGUUUCUCCAAUCUCAAGUUUAUCAGAGCGAAUGAUUGGAACCCAAAUAUUGUCUCUCCGAUUUCAAUUAAAUUCCACCGAAGAGGUGGAAAAAUCGAAGCUCUAGCCAAGUGUGAAGAAGACGAAGAAGAAGGAUUUGUUCACGCCAUCGGCGAUUCGCCGGCGUCUAUUGCUUUGCAGCCUAUUUCCGGCGAGGAUCAGUUCGACGGGGUCACCGCAGGGGAAUCAGUAAUCAUUCUAUGGAUGGCAAUGUGGUGCAGAAAAUGUAUAUUUUUGAAACCGAAAUUGGAGAAGUUAGCCGCUGAUUACUACCCAAGUGUGCGGUUUUACAGCGUUGAUGUUAAUAACUGUCCCCACAAGCUCGUUGUGCGUGCAGGAGUCACUAAAAUGCCAACAAUCCAGCUGUGGAAGAAUGGGAAGAAGCAUGGCGAGGUGAUCGGAGGGCACAAAGCACAUUUGGUUGUUAAUGAAGUGAGGGAAAUGAUUGAAAGUGAGACUAAUUGGUAGUAAGUAUAUAACACAAUGUCACAUUUGGCCAUUUGAUCUUUCACAUUAUAGUCCCACACUCCUAAUUGUAUUUAACUUUUGACACUACUUGGUGUGCCCAUUGUGGCAGCACACUCUUUAGGAGUCAAACACAAAGCAUGACUCGAGAAGAAAAAAAAAAUUGGUGUCAAAGUGGCUCAAAGAAAAGGAUGGUGGCAAUUCCUUUUUAUAUGAAAGAAGUGAAACUUUUAUUUCAAAUUUACUUAUUAAAAGGAAUUCCCACCAUCCUUUAACCUUGUACCCUCUGUUACCGGUUAUAACCCCAAUGAAACCAUGAAACUUGGCAGAAGGUGUAUUCAGCCGAGGAAUUAUUAAGAAAACAGGUUUGAGCUAGAAAUUCGGUGUGGGAGAUGGCGCAAUAAAAACGAAGCAGCCUCUCUACUUUCGGUUAAGAGCAAGAGACGCUUUACAAGCGUGAAUAUUAUCUUACCGAUGGAAUAUAUCCACAUUAUUUCUCAAUUAUCCAAGCCAUCCCAGAACCAAUCAGUCUUAAACGACAGACGUACAAAAAAGCUCAGGAGGCGGCAACAAAGGAUAAUGAAAAAGCCUUCGGGUUGUUGAGAGUCCAGACGAGGAAGUGCCUACGAACGAAAAAAUUGACGUUGAAAAAAAACGAAGAAACCACUAAGAAGGUG